GUGCUACGACUCUGCUGAUGCUCUCAUAGCAGACCUGGAUGUUUUUUCCUCUCCUUUGAUCCACUGUUUCUCUUUGGUCCUUUGAUCGGCUGCGGAUCGCUGUGUCUGUCCAUCACAAACUUCCCCACUGAGCAAAACACUCUUUUUGAGAAGCCCUGCACCUCCUCUGUAAGGAUCAGGAGAAGGAUGGUGUGAUUGUUAGGUAGAAACAGAGAGGGGAACAGGGAGACGCUCCAGCAGCAUCACCAAACCACCUCCACUCCUCUGUCUGCUUCUUCCUAAUAACACCAUCACAAGGUCAGGGUUCGACGAGCAGCAGAAAAUGUCUCACACUCGCAGCAGGAGCACAUACACACGGACAACGAGCAGUGGCAGCAGCAGGAUGAGCUCGGACGGCGGCGGGCGUCCCGUCAAAGUGGGCUCCCUGGUGGAGGUGAUUGGGAAGGGUCAGCGCGGGACGGUGGCGUACAUCGGAAACACACUGUUUGCCUCGGGGAAAUGGGUCGGAGUGAUUCUGGACGAGGCCAAAGGCAAGAACGACGGCACUGUGCAGGGCAAGCGCUACUUCACCUGUGACGACAGUCAUGGCAUUUUUGUGAGACAGUCACAGAUCCAGCUGGUCGACGAUGGAGCAGAAACGACGUCCCCGGAGACGCCGGAGCCCGGCGCCGGCAAACUUCCCAAACGAGAGAUCCUGGAAACGCCCAAGUCCACCAAACUGCGGGGAGUGAAAGCCAAAAAGACUCCUGCUCCCCGGAAGACCACGGUCAGAAGGCCUAAGCAGCCCGGUCGUCCUGCAGGCUCCGCUGUGAAGGGCGCAGCGUCCGGCUCGGCCUCGGCCUCGGCCGGUGAGAUGAGCAGCAGCGAGCCCAGCACCCCGGCCCAGACCCCGCUGGCGGCUCCGGUCAUCCCCACCCUGCCCUCCCCUGGGAAACCUGCAGACCCAGUCCCCAGCAAGGAGGAGGAGUCUCUGCGCGCUCAGGUGAAGGACCUGGACGAGAAGCUGGAGACGCUGAAGAUGAAGCGGACAGAGGACAAAGCCAAGCUGAAGGAGCUGGAGAAGCACAAGAUCCAGCUGGAGCAGCUGCAGGAGUGGAAGAACAAGAUGCAGGAGCAGCAGGCCGAGCUGCAGAAACAACUCAAAGAGGCCAAGAGGGAGGCUAAAGAAGCUCUGGAGGCGAAGGAGCACUACAUGGAGGAGAUGUCGGACACUGCGGACGCCAUCGAGAUGGCCACGCUGGACAAGGAGAUGGCCGAGGAGAGAGCGGAGUCUCUGCAGCUGGAGGUGGACUCCAUGAAGGAGAAGGUGGACGAGCUCACCAUGGACCUGGAGAUCCUCAAGCAUGAGAUCGAGGAGAAAGGUUCAGAUGGAGCUGCGUCCAGUUAUCAUGUCAAACAGCUGGAGGAGCAGAACAGCAGACUGAAAGAAGCUCUGGUCAGGAUGAGAGAUUUGUCUGCGUCAGAGAAGCAGGAACACGUGAAGUUGCAGAAGCAGAUGGAGAAGAAGAACGUGGAGCUGGACUCUCUGAGGAGCCAGAAGGAGAAGCUGCAGGAGGAGAUGUCAGCGGCAGAAAAGACCAUUGACGAGCUGAAAGAACAGGUGGACGCAGCCUUGGGGGCAGAGGAGAUGGUGGAGACGCUGACAGAGAGAAACCUCGACCUGGAGGAAAAAGUCAGGGAGAUGAGAGAGAUGGUGACAGAUCUGGAGGCCAUCAACGAGAUGAACGACGAGCUGCAGGAAAACGCCAGAGAGACGGAGCUGGAGCUGAGGGAGAUGUUGGAUCUGAGUGCAGCCAAAGUCCGAGAGUCUGAGAGACGAGUGGAAGCCGCUCAGGAGACUGUGGCUGAUUAUCAGCAGACCAUCAAGAAGUACCGGGAGCUCACCGCUCACCUACAGGAGGUGAACAGAGAACUGACGAGUCAGCGAGAAGCUUCAGCAGAGCUCCAGCAGCAGCAGCCGCCGGCUGAGAUGUUUGAUUUCAAAAUAAAGUUUGCAGAGACCAAGGCCUACGCCAAGGCCAUUGAGAUGGAGCUGAGGAAGAUGGAGGUGAAUCAGGCCAACAGACACGUUUCUCUCCUGACCUCCUUUAUGCCCGAGUCCUUCCUUCGUCAUGGAGGAGAUCACGACUGCAUCCUGGUGCUGCUGCUCAUCCCCAGACUCAUCUGCAAGGCAGAGCUGAUCAGCAAACAGGCGCAGGAGAAGUUUGACCUGAACGAGAACUGUGUGGAACGAACUGGACUGAAAGGAGCUGUCGGUGAACAGCUGAGCUUUGCUGCUGGUUUGGUUUACUCUCUGAGUCUGCUGCAGGCCACGCUGCAUAAAUACGAGCAGGCUCUGGCUCAGUGCAGUGUGGACAUCUAUAAGAAGAUAGGCUCUCUGUACCCGGAAAUGAGCGUCCAUGAACGAUCACUGGAUUUCCUCAUCGAUCUGCUGCACAGAGAUCAGCUGGAUGAGACAAUCAAUGUGGAGCCGCUCACCAAAGCCAUUAAAUACUAUCAGCACCUGUACAGUAUUCACCUGACGGAGCAGAACGAGGACUGCACUAUGCAGCUGGCUGAUCACAUCAGAUUUACCCAGAGUGCCUUGGACUGCAUGGCCGUGGAGGUCGGGCGUUUGCGCUCGUUCCUGCACGCUGGUCAGGAGAAGGCCGACCUCGCCGUGCUGCUCAAAGACCUGGAGACGUCCUGCAGCGACAUCAGACAGUUCUGUAAGAAGAUCCGCAGGAGGAUGCCGGGGACUGACGCACCCGGCAUCCCAGCGGCACUCAACUUUGGCCAACAGGUGUCGGACACGCUGUCAGACUGCAGGAAACACCUGACCUGGGUGGUCGCCGUGCUGCAGGAAGUGGCUGCAGCAGGAGCUCAGAUGAUGUCGCCUCUCGCUGAACAGGACGGACUGACGGCCGUCAAACUGGAGGACGUGGCGUUCAAGGCCGGAGAACAGAUUUAUGGAUCUCAGGGCGCUAACCCCUACGAGUAUCUGCGGCAGUCCUGUAGCAUCGUCAUAGCAACCAUGAACAAGAUGGCCACCGCCAUGCAGGAGGGAGAGUACGACUCUGAGAGGCCUCAGAGCAAGAAUCCUCCACCAGUGGACGUGCGAGCAGCCGCUCUGCGAGCAGAGAUCACAGACGCCGAGGGUCUGGGCCUGAAGCUGGAGGACAGAGAGACGGUCAUCAAAGAGCUGAAGAAGUCGCUGAAGAUCAAGGGGGAGGAGCUGAGCGAGGCCAACAUCCGCCUCAGUCUGCUGGAGAAGAAACUGGACAGUUCGUCCAAAGACGCAGACGAACGUGUGGAGAAGAUUCAGACUCGACUGGACGAGACGCAGACUCUGCUAAAGAAGAAAGAAAAGGAGUUUGAGGAGACGAUGGACGCUCUGCAGGCCGACAUCGACCAGCUGGAGUCAGAGAAGGCGGAGCUAAAGCAGAGAAUCAACAGCCAAUCAAAGAUGACGGUGGAUGGACUGAGAGGAAGCAGCCAAUCAGGAAUCGCCUCUAUCGUCACAGGAGCAGAGGAACAAAAAGCAGCCAUGAUGUCUGGAGCGGGUUCAUCCUCAGGAGUCCAGGUGAUCGACUCUCCUCUGCUGACUCAGCAGAUCCACGCUCAGAGACUCUGCAUCAAACACCUGAAGAACGACAACAACAGGAUGAAGGCUGAGAAGAUGCGCGCUCAGCUCGCCGCUCUGCCUCCGCUCCACGUGACCAAACUUCCCUCCAGAGAUGGAGGACGUCCUGAAGUGCUCUCCAGCGCCCUCUACCGCAAGACUGAGCAGCUCCUGGAGACUCUGCUGCAGAUGAGCGCCAACAUGAAGGUGGUGGACAUCACCGGAAAAUCUCCAGUGACACCUGGUGGUCAGCUCCUGGAACAAACUGCUAGAUUACAGUCUCUGAGGGACACGCUGGACAGACUGAGGGACGAAGUCGCCGAACACGUCGUCAACCAACAGCCUGGAGCUCGAGUGUCGUCAGACUUUGCCACGUUUCCUUCCACGUUGUUUGUUAAGGUGAAGGAGGAGAAACAGGGCGACGCGGUUCUGGUGGGUCGGGUCAUGGUGCCGUGUCUCCGUGGUCAGGAGCAGGUCCACCGUCUCGUCAUGUCUCAGUCUCAGCUGCACAGAGUUCACAGUCUGCUGCGAAACUAAAGCCUCAGCUGUCCUUCUGUCCUGCAUCUUCAUCAUCAGAGCAGACACUCAGGCUGACGUCAGAUUACAAUCUUUUGUCCAAUUAAGCGUUCAGUCAUAAAUUUGUGUCAUAACAGACGACACGGAAGGGGGCGGAGCACUGUAAGCAAACAACAGCGGCUGAAAAAUACUUCAACUCGCUGCAGAUUUAAUUAAUUGAUUAAUUAUUGUCGCCCUACUUUUGGUUUGUUUAUGCUCGUGACUGAUGCUUUCAGCCAUUUUGUGUGAAGACGAUCGUGGUUAUAGAAAUAUUGACGACUGAUCGUGACUUUAUUGGUUUUAUCCUUUGACUGAGUGAUACUGAAUUUUGACAAUAAUUAGAAGUUAAAUUAAAGAGCGUGAAACUGUGAUGAUUGAUGAUGAACUGUAUUUACAUGUCUGCUGCAUGUGUCCACUGAAAACUACUGUGUGUUUGUUGCUGAAUAUAUAUUGAGAACUGGCUCUGGUGUGGAAGCUGCAGUUCAGGCUUGAACCACCGGAUGGCGAUUUCUGUGUUAAACUCCAUUUUUGUAAGCUGGCUGUUUUAAAGGGAAAAGAAGAAACUAAACGUGUCACUGACGACAAAGUUGCUACAAACCACUGUGUGUGUUCAGAUUAAAGCAGGUUAAUCUUUACUUUACUGUGUAAAAAAAAAAAGCUAAAUUAUUUCACAUUUAUGCACUUUAGUCUGAUAAACAGUAAAAUAUGGUUUAAAUGAUUUACUAUUUAUUACUGUGUAUUGUUACAUGCUUGAAGUAGAAUGACAGUCUUUGUCCGAGCCUUAAACCUUAAAGCUGUCAUGUGACAGAGAGCGACGGUCACAUGACUUCACCUGUUUUCAAAGCAAAACCACAUCUUUGCCAAAGAAUGUGUUUGAAUUUAUUUCUGAUAUUUGUGUUAAUAAAAGGGCCGAGUGCAUUGAUGUGA